AUGGAGCCGAUUCUGGGGCCUCCCUCGAACUGCAGUGUGGAGGGCAACUUGGACUCUGUAUCAACAUCCUUCGCCAGCAUCACACGUUCAACUUCCGCCAUCACCAACCAUCACUUCCCAUCAGUUUAUCUACCCGUGUUGUCGAAUACUCUUGUUCGUCUCCAAACAGCCGCCAAAAUGCCUGGAUACCGACUUGCCUGCCCUUUCAGUGGCGGUGGACUUACCAAAAGCCACUACUGUGAAGAUGGCUCAAUCCACAUGGAUAAACUGAGAAGUCACCUCAGAUAUUUUCACACAUGCAACUGUCCCGACCCCUCCGUAGGUGCCAAACCGCGACACGUGUCCAAAGAACUUGUCGACCGCAUGAUCGCCAUCUCUUACGACAAACAAUUCUCAAAGAUGGACCGAUGGGCGAAGAUGUACCAAGCAGCUUUUCCUACCCACAGAAGAGUUCCGGGCCCAUGUGUGCCCCGUGUCCGCCACACCCUGAGUCUUGCUCAACAUCCUGGGUCCGAGUUCAAGAACGCCAUGAUACGUCGCUUGGUCCGAGGCGAACGAUGGAGUGCAGAAAAAGCAAACAAAGACUUGCAGACCUUUCUGAACCGUUUGCCGCUCUUUUACGACGUACUCAGCCACCCCGAGGUUUGGAGGCGGGGCACAUCCUCGGCCAGCGAUGAGUCUGGUGAUGAAGUUGAUGAACCAUCCACGACGCAGCCCGUGGAAGUCGCAGAACCCCUAACCUAUGAGGAACCCGAUCUUUCUAUUCAACAAGAUGACGGAGACACCGAUGAAAAGCCCGAUGCCCAGGCCGAACAAGAGACUCCCCCUUCAGCUCCAACGUCAAGUUAG